AUGGCCCCAGGCCAAGUGCCCCAUCAGCCUGCCCCCUGGAGGGAUACCCACCCCUUCUAUCUCGUGUCCCCGCUGGUGGGCCUUCUCAGCUGGGCCUGGAGCCACCUGAGAGGCCCAAGAUCUCCAGAGCCCUGGUUGGUGGAAGCAGUAACCGGAACAGAUCAGGGAGAAGCUGUCCCGGAGGGAGAAGCUAAGGCUUCUGUGGCCACUCACCAUGCCCCCAAGGGCAGGCACCCUCAAGAGGAGACUGGAGACAGUGGAGCAGCUGAGAACGACGGAGAAACAUCCCGGGGGGCCUGCCCUGACCUGGAAACCAAGUGUUCUCUUCUUGAAGCCUGGGGACUUUCAGAUGAUGAUGACGAAGAGUAUGGCAGGAAAGAAGCAACCAGUAUCCCUAGAGAGCAGGGAAGUGAAUUUAUGGAUGGCCAGCCUGCUGCCCUGUGCCCCAGCCUUCUGGUAACAUCCCUGCAAGACCUUCCUGGGGAGGAGGAAUCUAAGGAGGAAGGGGUUACUGAAGAUAAAGAAGUGAUCACGUUCUCUUUUCCUCCAUCACACUGGGAGUGUUGUCCAGGGGUAGAGGAAGAGGAGGAGGAUGGAGAAGCUGUAAGUAAAGAAGCUCCUAGAACAUCUGCCUCUCCCUUAGCUCUGGGAUCCAAGCCCAGAGCUUGGGUGUGCUGCCCCGUGGAUGGAGCCACAGAGGAAGAAAGAACAGAGAAUAAAGCAGCCACGAAGACCUCCAUUUGCCCCUCAUCUGCAAGCUCCCACCUCAGGGCCUGGGAGUGCUGUUCAGGAGAGGAGCCUGACGAGGAGAAGCCCAAAAAAGCUGAGAAAGGAGAAGCUGACCCAGAGCCACACGCCCCAGUUCCAGCCCAGAGCCCCCCGCUCAGGACCUGGCAGCACCAAUCCAGUGAGACCACAGAGGAGGAAGAGGAGGAGGAGGACCGUGAUUCAGGAGAAGCUGAGGCUUCCUCUUCCAUCCCACCCACAAGUGCCUUCCUGAGGGCCUGGGUGUACCGACCAGGAGAGGACACAGAGGAGGAAACUGAGUGUGAGGGUGAGAAUGAGGACGAAGAUGAUGAAUCAGAGGAAGCUGACUUGGAACCAAGUCCCUCCCUUCAGGCCCAGAGUGCCCUCUUCAGGGACCGGAUAUAUCAGCCUGGAGAGGAAUCAGAGGGAGGGGAAGCUGCCACAGAGUGGGGAGAAGCUGAGCCCUGCCCCUUCCGAGUAGCCAUCUAUUUACCUGGAGAGAAGGCCCCACCUCCUUGGGCUCCUCCCCCGCUGCCCCUCCGUCUGCAAACGCGCCUCAAGUCUGCAGAAACCCCCACCAGGCAUCGGGACCCUGAGCCUUCCCUGAAGACCAGAAAGGUGCGCUUCUCUGAGAAGGUCUCCGUCCAUCUCCUGGCUGUCUGGGCGGGACCCGCCCAGGCCGCCCGCAGAGGCCCCUGGGAGCAGUUCGCCCGGGAUCGCAGCCGCUUUGCCCGACGCAUCGCCCAAGCCCAAGAGGAGCUGGGUCCCUACCUCACCCCUGCCGCCCGGGCCAGGGCCUGGGCACGCCUUGGGAACCCUCCCACUUCUCUGGCCACCAUACCUGCCCCUACCCCGACCUUACCCAUCCCCAUGCAGACCACACCUUUGAGCCACAUUCUGGCCUCUCCGUCUCCUCGCUGUGUGUCUCCUUGCCUGGAGCUCAGUGGGAGGCGUGGCUAA